AGGACAGAAUAAAAACGAUACGAAAUAUCAUCAACAUAAUUAUGUACAAAAAACCAAAGGCAAGAUCAACUUGACAAUAAAGGUAUUAACACAAAACAUAUGUUUGUAAAGACAAACAGAAAAACGUGAAAAUAUAAUAACGUACCAUAACCAUAACUGAUUAUUGUGAAUCUUUUCGCAUACUCUGUUUAUGUUUAGACGUUUAUCCGGUUAUUUUAUUUAAAUUGCAAAACUUUCAAUAAAUACAAGCGCAAACGUUGUUUAACGUAUAAGCUGAAUUAUUAACGUCAUCAUUGCAAAGUCUCUUCGAGCUUAUCAAUUACAGAAUUAAAGUUCAUGUAUAUAGACAUCCUUCAAAUAUUGAUUGUUUACACGCAGUCCAAUAUGCACCGUCAAGGUGAGAUUGCCUGAACCACGACUAGAUGCUAAUGCAGAGAAAACUGUAUACAGUUGGCAUGCACACGCCCCAACGCACAGCUAUAGUGGUAGAAGGAAUCGCAACAAGCGACGCUCGCUUUGAAUUGGACAUAAUAGCAACAGGACGUAGAGGUGACGCAAGUAAUUUACAGGAUCAAAGAGAAGAAGAAUGAUAUAUUGGUUUACCCCCAGCCUGAAAAGAAGAUUUCUGUACCAGAGAGCUACCAGUCAAAACAGAUUAAUUUUGGAUAUGACUCAAACUUCAGAGGAGAAUAUCGAAAGAACGGGAGCAGAAUAAUAUCCAGCGCAUCUCCAACGUCUGAGCUGUGUACGUACGAGAGAUCGCACGUGAACAUUCGCAUAAUAUUCAAUCGAGAUUGCUGUGGCAAGUGGUAAUAUACCAACGCAUUAGGGGAGAGAGAUAAUUCAGGAAUAAGUCAUAAAAUAAGAUGCUUCGUUGACUCUAUACAGUAACGACACUUGCGAUUACUGGAGGUGCCUUUUAGUGCUUUCAGAAUCAAGAUAAUGGACUAGCUGUAUUGAACAGAAGAGUGAGUAAAGGAACAUCAACGCAGGAUCCAAGAUGGCGACUGACCAACACGAUGGCGACCCUGCAAGCCCUGAAACCGAUAUCCACAGCGUGCAGUUCAUGGAAGAAUUCACCACCUGCCCGAUAUGCGAACGGGAAUACGAAGACCCACGGAUGCUGCCAUGUUUACAUACCUACUGCAGGAACUGCAUCGGGAAGAAGCAAAAACAAAAUGGCGGCAGUUUCACUUGUGAUUUGUGUAAGGACGGUGCGAUUGUGAAAGUAUCCGCGGUGAACUUGGCAAUUAAUACGAUGGUUGCGAAGAUGAAGUCGAUGUUGACGGGAGAUCAGGCCGAGUCAAGCACCGAAUCGGAGUCAGAUGCAAGUCUCACAGAGAAGACGUGCACCUCGUGUGAAAAAGGCAACGUCGCGACGUGCCGUUGUCAAGACUGUCGAGAGUUCAUGUGCAAGGCUUGCAAGAGGGCGCAUAAUAACGUCAAGAUCCUACGCGAUCACACAGUGGUGUCCAUGGAGCAAUGGCAGAAGAUGAAAGAGAAGGAUCCUCAUUUGGACGAUACAAAUACCGUCAACAAAUUAUGCCUUGAACACAAAGAACCCAUAUCAUUAUUCUGCGAGAUAUGUUCUCAGUUGGCUUGCAGUGACUGUGUUGUACUGUAUCACAAGGGGGAGAAGCACCGCUGCGUUACGAUCGAGGAAGCUGCAGCAGCGAGGAAGCAAGAGUUGGAGGCUGCCAUCCGCAAGACGCAACAGACGGCAGCGAAAUUCCGCGGAGCCUGGGAAAUCCUUGAGAAGACGCGAAAUGAGUUGAAAGGCAGCGGAGAACAGCUUCGCACCGAGAUCAAAGAAGCCAUCAAAAGCGAGAAAGACGACUUGGAGGACCGCGAGCAACGGUAUAUUGGAAAUGUUGAUGCUGUUGUAAAGAAGAACGAUGACAAAAUCGAAGAAAACAUUGAUAAAAUUGAGAUGGCGUUAGAAAAGCUGGCUACAGCUUUUGAGCUCGGUGAGAGCGUUCUUGAUUUUGGUGAUGAGUACCAUUUAUUGUCGUUAGAUCUAGCGCUGCGGUCACGACUUGCGGACCUGCAGAAGCUCCAACCUAGGCUUCCUUCAGAGGACCUGAGCAUCAUUGACAUAUCCGAAAUCACAGGAGAUGACGCAGCAGAUGCAACUGAUGAAACGGACGGAGGAAAGAGUGAAUCGACCGAAUCAGAGCAAGAUGUCAGUGAGGACACGACUCCGGUGUGGGAGCUUGCAUCUACCAUUGGCGCACAAGGUUCCAAAGAGGGAGAGUUUGACUGGUGUAGAGGCGUUUCGGUAUCACUGGAUGGACACACUAUUGUCGCCGACUGGGGGAACGACCGCGUUCAGGUCCUUGAUAAAGAUGGAAAGUUCGUGUGUCUGUUAAACUCUGACAAGAAACCUGCUGGGAAGCUCUCGAUGCCUCAAGAUGUGGCAUGUCUUGCCGAUGGUCGUUUCGUUGCCGUUGAUAAGUCAAAGUUCGUCCGUAUAUACGACCCUCAGGGCCGCUUCUAUCUCCGCUUUGAUACAUCGAGCAAAGAUGAGGAAAUUAAAAUGCUAGACGUCGAGCUGGCCUGCGUCACCGUCGACCGACGGAACCGAAUCCUGGUCGGUGACUGCAAGCGAAACGUCAUCACGUUCCAUUACGCCGACGGCACCCUCUUGAAGACACUGCCUGUCGUCGGUCCCAGUCAUCUCGCCACUGAUCUACGGGACCGCAUCGUUGUCAGCUGUCCCAGGAAACAGAAGAUCCGAAUCAUGACCAAAGAAGGGAAACUCCUUUUGGCUAUUGAUUCGUACGGUGAGACCGGGAAGCUGAAGCCGAGUGGAGUCUGCUGUGAUGCAGAGAAUAACAUCUAUGUGGUCCACAAGGAGCGUGGAGGAGAGAAGGGGGUCCACAUGUACAAUGAUCGGGGCCAGUAUGUAGCAAGUGUUGGUUCUUCUUUCAGAGAGCCAUUCGAUGUUUGUCUCUCUGCAGAGGGCCACGUUGUUGUUUCUGACGAAGAUGCAAUCAAGGUAUUUCGCAAGAAACCCAAAGGCUCACCUUCGGAGUGACCCGACCGUGAGAUGUAUUCAUGAUGUCAAUUUAAGUUGUGUCCGACAAGACUCUUGCAAUGAUGACCAAAGUAAUGGCCCAGAUUUUGCUCCGGAAAUUCAUGGGCAACCGGGCAUGCUACACAUUUAUUUUUUGCAUUUCCGAAUUAUGAAGUUUAAUGAUCGAAAUGUGCUAAUUUGGAUAUUUUUUCUCAUACUUUACUCGUGGCUGGUUAAUAUGAACAUGUAUAGAAUUAUUAAUACAUAUUAAUAUUUAUCACUAUACGUGACUAUAUAAUUUGAUGCUGAAAGGUCUAGAUUGUUCAAAGUAAUGACUUUGAGAGUAUAAUAAUAAGUGAUUAAAAGUGUUUGGAACUUAGGCUUCAUGGUAGUCCGAUCUAUGCGUCAACC